ACAGGUGUGCCCUACUGUUGGUCCUCUAAGACCAAGUGUUGCGUUCAAGGUAUUUACAGGUGAUACAAUAUUACAAUAACGUAUAACAGGUGAGCAGAUGGCCUUUCACUAAGCACAGUACUUGCUGCUUUGUGAAACACACCACGAAGGAAAUUACAGGGUUCUUUCACAUCACCUGCGGCCAGUAAUAAUACUAAAUGUAAUCGUUUCACGGAGGCGAAACUUGUGUGUGAAAAUUACAGAAAAAACAAUGGACACAAGCACAAAAACACUUGAAUUUGCUUUCAUAGACAACUAUGAAAUAUACUAUAUCUAUAUUUGCACAAUGAAUGAUGCAACGUCCAAUGCAUUGCAUCUUAAUUUGGUGUCCUGUAUUCGCAACGCCCUGUCGCUUUGCUGGCGUAGUAAUACUUCAGACGUCGCAUUGAGGUGCUGCCAUCUUGAAAAUGGUGGUCUGCGUUACGUGGAGUGAUAUGUGCCUGCAAUAGUUUAACAAUAAUUUACCGAAAUGGCUGAUGUAAAAUCGUCCCACAGUGAGCCUGAAAUGAAAGGAUGGCUUUUCAAAUGGACCAACUAUUUAAAAGGAUACCAGCGAAGAUGGUUUGUGCUGUCUAAUGGACUUUUGUCGUAUUACAGGGCCGAAAAUUCGGGGGGGUCCAAACUGUCUAUCCGCCGCCGCCGGCGGGCUGCUCGGACGGAGAACCAAGCUGAAAUGUCCCAUACAUGUCGUGGCACAAUAAGUUUGCAUGGUGCAUUAAUACACACAGAAGAUUCAUGUACAUUUGUUAUAUCAAAUGGUGGCACUCAGACAUUUCACAUAAAGGCUGCCAAUGAAGUGGAACGUCAACGAUGGGUUACUGCCCUAGAACUGGCAAAAGCUAAGGCUAUCCGAGUGAUGGAGUCAGAGGAAGAAGAGGAAGUGUUUGAUGAGACAGGUCCAACAAGCCAGAAAAGUGACAUGGAAACUGUGAUAAAAACAUUAGCAGCUAAGUUGGAAGAUUUGCAGACAUGCAGCGAACUCAUCACUAAACAUGGAGGUGCCCUCCAGCGUUCCCUUUCUGAACUAGAGACACUAGAUUCAACUCAAGAUGUUUCAGCUAAACUAAAGUCUGUAAAUGAGAGGGCAACACUUUUCCGGAUAACGUCCAAUGCCAUGAUCAAUACAUGCAGUGAGUACCUGGAACUAGCGCAGUCACAGGGCCGUAAAUGGCAACGCAUGCUGCAGCAUGAAAGGGAGCAGAGGCUCCGGCUGGAGGAAGUUGUAGAGCAGUUGGCACGACAGCACUCACAUCUAGAGCAGGCGGCCAAAGAACAUCAAAUUCCCAAUCAAAAUAUGCCUAAUCCUACACAUUCAUCGCCAUCAGAUGAUGAUGAUGAGAAUGAGUUUUAUGAUGCCCAAGAAGAAAACCAUGCAGACGGUGAAUCUAAUUUCAUUCUUAAGAUUCCUCUUGGCCAUCGUAGAACGUCAUCAGGACUUAGUAUAGGAUCUCAGGUUUCCGACACACGUCUGCCUCCUUCUGACGGUCAAGACGAAGCGUCUGGUUCUAGCAGUGAGGUGGACGACACUACUGAGACCAAGGUGCUGGUUAUCAGCACGGCCAACUCCACAGGCAAUGGCUGUGUGGAUCAAACCUCCACCACAACCACCACCAUUUGCAGUGGACAUGUGAGCAGUCACCAGAUUGGUCUUGGGACAUUACCCACCACAGGCAAGAGAAGGCAGAGGAGGACACGUGUUCCAGAUAAACCUAAUUAUCCACUGAACUUGUGGAGUAUAAUGAAGAAUUGUAUUGGCAAGGAGUUGACAAAGAUUCCUCUGCCGGUUAACUUCUCAGAGCCACUUUCAAUGCUACAAAGGCUGACAGAAGAUUAUGAAUAUGCCGAGAUACUGGAUAAGGCCGCAGAGUGUGCAGAUGGUUGUGAGCAACUGGCAUAUGUUGCAGCAUUUACAGUUUCCAGUUAUGCCACAACAAGUGUACGCACAGGAAAGCCAUUCAAUCCUCUUCUGGGAGAGACUUUUGAAUGUGAUCGAACAGAGGAUUUGGGGUGGCGUGCUGUAUCGGAGCAGGUUUCUCACCACCCACCGAUGGUUGCACAGUUUUGUGAAGGUCGCAAAUGGAGAUGCUGGCAGGAGUUCACAAUAGCUUCAAAAUUCCGAGGAAAAUAUCUGCAGAUCAUUCCUCUGGGAACUGCACACCUAGAGUUUGAGGGUUCAGGUAAUCAUUACACUUGGCGGAAGGUGACUACAACAGUUCACAAUAUAAUAGUUGGCAAGCUAUGGGUUGAUCAAAGUGGUGAUAUGGAUAUUAUCAACCAUAAGACUGGAGCAAAAUGUCAUUUGAAAUACAUCCCAUAUAGUUACUUCACCAGGGAUGUUCAGAGAAAGGUAAAAGGCUGUGUCAUGGAUCAAGAUGGCAAUGUCAAAUGGAUUGUAUCAGGUACAUGGGACAAUAAGAUAGAAAUUGCACCAGUAACUGGUUCUCAAGGUAGUCUAGAGAAUCCAGUGUUCAAAACUGGUCCAUAUCAACUUGUCUGGAAGAGAAGGAUGCCUCCUCCGGAAUCUGAGCGCUAUUACAACUUCACAGAAUUGGCAUGCCAACUAAAUGAACCUGAGGAAGGUGUGGCACCAACUGACUCGCGUUAUAGACCUGACCAACGGCUGAUGGAAGAAGGACGUUGGGAUGAGGCAAAUGCAGAAAAAUUAAGACUCGAGGAGAAGCAGAGGCAUGCAAUGCGGCAGCGAGAAUCAGCAGCUGAGAAAGCUGCUGCAGACGGUCGUCCGUACACUCCAUAUGAGCCUGUAUGGUUCAAGAAAGAGAAGGAGCCAUUCACUGGCAAUGUUUUCCAUAUGUAUCAAGGACAGUACUGGGCAUGCAAAGAUAAACAGGAUUGGGCUGUAUGCCCUGAUAUAUUCUAGCUGCCAUGGUGCUGGAUUAUUCUUACUUCCUCAGUCUUGCAACUGUUUUCUUCCUUUACUGUAGGGAAGAGCCCUACAUUGAAUAGCCAUCUCCUUGAUGGUAUAAUCGCCAUCCAAAUUUAUCAUGUAAAUAAAUUUGUAAUUUAAAGAAAAAAGUGUAUUUUAUUUCUAUCUGUAUUUUGUUGUGUCCAUUUUAAUUGAACCUCACUGUGUUACGUCAGAAGUAGAGCACUUUCCAGAAACAUUUUGUAAAGAGUGUGUGUGUGUGUGUGUGUGUGUGUGUGUGUGUGUGUGUGUGUGUGCGUGUGCGCGUGUGCACUUGCGCACAUGUGCUCUUUUGGGGGGGGGGGGGGGGGGGGAAUUGCAGCAGAGUGUAAGUAUUGUGUUAUUACUAUGUUAUUAAUGGAAGGCUGUAGUUAAUAUUUUUCGUAGGUCAGAAUGUACUGUAAUUGUGAACUGUUAACCAUGUAAAGGCUCAGCAGUAGUAAAUUUUCUUCCAGUUUGGCCUGGAGGGGAGGGACGGGGAUAAUGAAUGAAUUGUGAUACAAUGUUGUUCUUCAUGGGGUACAAAAAGGGGGCGGGUCAGGGCAGAGACUGCUGUCUUUGUAAAUUGUUGGUGUAAGUUUAACUUAAAGAAGACAUUUGAUUACCUCUGUUAAUCAUGUGGUGAUGACUGUGGAGGAGUGUUUUAUGCUUUCUAUGGCAGCUUUGUUGUUGUUGAUCUGUUGUAAUAUUUGAUACUCUACUGUAUGAUUUGGUGCAACUUUUGUACAGAGUUACUUGAAUCUGACUUAUACUUCAUAGUUAGUGUUAUUUAUGCUGUGGAUUGCUUCAUACCAUUGAGAUGUUUAUUUUUAUAAGUUUUGUUUGUGUGAUCUUUGUCAUGCUGAUAUAGUCCCAUUCUGUCACACUUAUGUUAAAAUAUUGUGCUAACAUCUUUCUAUUUAGUAUAGAUCAGACUUAGUGAGAUUGUUCCUUUGUAACAAGAGUUUGGAUGUUUUGUAAAUCUCAGAUAUUAUUGUCAGGUUCUUUGUUCAACUGGCUUCCAUAUUUAGAAUAAUCCAGUAAGCCAUUCUGUCUGUAAAAUAUUAGUUCUGUACAUGUAUUUUUAUGAUGAAGAGUAUUUACUGGGAGGGAGAUAGAUCCUUUCAUGGUAAAUUUUGUCUGUAGUAAUGCAGGUGUUACUACCAACAUCAUUUUCACUCGAAGUGCAUCUGAAACAUAACUUAAUGAGAGACAUGUUGUGAAUAUAGGACAGAAAUACUGUUGUUGUGUAAUGUGCCUUUUAUUGUGUAGGCACAAUUUAUUUUUACAACACAGCUGCAUGUAAUUUACUACAGACAGUUGCAUUCUGCAUUGACCCGAAGGACUGAAAUAUUUUCAGAGGCGUCCAAAUUUUGUUUACAACAAAGCAGUCAUUAUAUUUUUGCUUUUUCAGAUGACUCAUGUAGGGAGGAAAUCUGCUUGGUGCAAUUAGCAGUUACAUUGUGAGGUAUAUUUUAAGUGCUGUUCAUAGGUGAAGAAAAAAGUCACUACCAGUGAAACCAUAAAAUUUGUGCUUUACUGUAAGAUAAUUUUGUGUACGUAAUUGUCACAUAUUUAUGGCCUCUGUUAUAAUAUGAAAGGUAGUGUUUGUUGUGACGUAACUGUACAAAUCUGGAAGCUGUGAAUGAAAUCCCUUAAGAAAUGAAAAUGAUUUUUCUUUAUCAUUUUUCUGUUUACACAGUUAUCCAGACACAUGGGUGAAUUGUACGUUAUGCCACAAAUGCAGUCACUUAAGUGAUUUCCUAAUUCCUAUAAUUAUGACAUAGCAACAACAAAAUUGUUGACUUUGUCAUUUGGUGUAAUAAAUAACAUUGAUUAUUAUCAUAA